CGACGAGGCGCUGCCCGCGGCCCAGCGGUGGGGCUACGCGGCCCUCGUGCCGGCGGCCGCGGCCCCAGAGGCGGCGGGCGGGCUGCUGUGGCCCGCGGUGGGAGCGGUCUGAGGAGCCGCGCUCUCGCCUCGCCGGGAGGGGCCCUGAGCGCGGCCUCGGAGAGCGCGCCGCGGCGGGGCGGGGCGAGCGCGGGCUCUCGUUGCCGCGGGCCGGGCCCGAGCCGGGCGGCGCGCUGCCAGGAAAGGCCAACGUGCUUGCGGCAGAGCCGCCAGCCCGGGAUUUUUUGUUGCUGCAGGCUUCGAGAGCCAUCCAGAAUCGGAGGCCCCCGUGCGAGCGCGAAGCGCGGCGCGGCCGCCUGCAUGGCGCGAUCUGAUGCAGAGCCGCUGACGCUUUCCACACGCCCCGCCCCACGUGUC